AUGGAGGCUUCAUCAGAAGAGAACCCCGAGCCUGAACACAAGCUUUCAAGGCCCAGAAGGGGGGGUUUUAGGACCAUGCCAUUCAUCUUUGUGAAUGAGUCGUUUGAGAAGGUGUCAAACUAUGGAUUGCUGGCCAAUAUCAUUUUGUAUAUGAUAGGGGAUUAUCAUAUGAAGUUGACAGAUGCGGCGAUCAUUUUGACCCUGUGGUCAGCUCUAUCAAGUGCUUUAGCAGUUGUGGGUGCCUUUCUCUCUGAUUCCUACAUGGGUCGGUUUAAGGUCAUUGCCAUUGGAUCCUUCUUCAGCUUUUUUGGAUGGAAAAUUGGGUUUGGAGUUCCUGCCAUUCUAAUGCUUGUGUCAAGUGUGGUUUUCUUGUUGGGUGCUUCUCUUUAUAUAAAAAGAGUUCCUGAGAAAACAUUGUUCAGCUCCUUCUUUCAAGUGCUUGUGGCUGCCUUUAGGAACGCAAAACUUCCUUUCCCUGACCUGACUUCUGGUUAUCACCGUGACCACGACUCCAUGUUCACUGCUCCAACCAGAAACUUGAGGUGGCUUAACAAAGCCUGUAUUAUCAAAGAUCCUAGAAAGGACUUAAAUCCAGAUGGUUCAUCUGCAAAGCCAUGGAAGCUCUGCACCAUCGAGCAAGUAGAAAUGCUCAAAUAUCAACCAGCAGUCAUUCGCCACAGUCCAAGCCAACUCCAUGGACCGCCGCCUAACCUCCAAGUUCAAAAUUCCAGCCGGAUCAUUCUAUGUCUUCACAAUCGUCGGUCUGAUACUAUAUGUGUUGAUCUACGACCGGGUAGUCGUCCCAGUUUAGCCAAAUUCACCGGAAAUCAACGCGGGCUCAGCGUCAAGUUCCGCAUGGGAAUGGGGCUGAUGCUCUCGGUGGCGGCCACGACACUCUGCGGAGUAACAGAAACCCUGAUGCGGAGAACCGCAAAUAAUGAAGGAUUUGCUGAUAGACCAGACGCAGUGACCAGCAUGUCGGCAAUGUGGUUGAUUCCACAAUACAGCUUCUUUGGAUUGGCUGAGGCGGUGAAUACAAUAGGACAGAUAGAAUUCAUAUACUCUCAGCUUCCUAAGAGCAUGACCAGCGUUGGAAUGGCUCUUUCCACGCUGGGUGGCACGUUGGCCAGCGUGAUAGGAGUGAUUUUGGUGAGGAUUGUCGAUGCGGCCACGAAUAAGGGGGGGAAGGAGGGUUGGCUUGCAGACAAUAUCAACAGGGGACACUUGGAUUAUUAUUAUUGGCUGCUGACUGCAAUGGGUGUGGUUAAUUUGGGGUAUUACUACAUCUGUUGUUGGGCUUUUGGGCCUAUGGGUGCUAGGCCUGGGUCCGCGAAUGCAGGGGUUGAAAGUGAAAGCUAA